AUGACGAGGAGUAAGAAAGUGAACGAGUUAUCGACUCUAUGCGGUGUCCCUGCAUGCGCCAUCAUCUACAGUCCAUACACCACCAAUCCCGACGUGUGGCCGUCAAAUGCCGGCGCGCACAGCGUUAUUUCGGAGUUCCGGGCGUUGCCGGUGCUGGACCAACAGAAGAAAAUGUUGGACCAAGAGGCGUUCAUCAGACAACGCAUAGCAAAGCUUUCCGAGCAGCUUAGAAAGAGAGUAAGGAGAGCAGGGAGCGGGAGAUGA